AUGGAUUUCAAUCUUCUUAACCAAAAACUAACAGGGAAAACCGAGGUAGGACUUCUAUCCACAGAGGAUUAUAAGCAUAUGAUCAAAGAUGUUUAUGACUACAUAAGAGAAAACCAUCCCCGUAUAGACACAUUUCUACUUCAUGGAGAGGGUAUACUCUGCCCUUUAAAAGCUCGGAGUUUUGAAUUUUUCGUGCUUCUUGGAGUUUAUUGCCCUAUCCAUCCUUUUAAGGACUUCAUAAGUAUAGAAACACACAUGUCUCAGGAAGACAAGAACAAUCUGGAGUCGGACUCUCGGUGUAUAGUUUAUGAUUCAAGCUAUGGAGUCCUUUCCUUGAAAGAGUCUGAGGAAAUGUAUUCCAGAGAUGUUCUUGUGGUGACUAGGAAUCAAAUGUUCUAUGACUAUUACCUCUACAAAUAUAAUGCCAGGUCUUUCUACGAAUUAGAAGGGCGAGACCGAAUGCAGUACCUUGCAUCUAAAUGCAACAAAGGAGAGAUGGUUCGGGAUCUGCAGGUAUUUGCAAUAAUAUUUACAUCGAGGGUCUACGAAGAGUUGGCAAGGUCAAUAAGGAAAAAGCUUAUUUCCAGGCGUAAGAAUGCAUACCUCCUGUUUCUAAAGGAUCUUUCGUAUGAAAGAAUGAUAACAAUAGAGGGAACCGAAUGCAUUGUGAUUGUUGAUUGCCCUUUCUUUGAGUGUUCUCUUGAAAUGCACAUUCCUGUUGUAACGCCUUUUGAAGUUGAGUAUGCGCUUUCCAGAGAGUGGAGAAGAUUUGAUAAAAACUCAUUUCGUGUGGAGGAUGAGGCUACGAGCAACUGCAAAGAACUGGAUCUUGUGGAAAGAGCCGGGAAGAUUCUACUAAGAUCUUCUGGACAAAUUGUUCCGUUUUCCUAUGAAGAAGAAGACAUGGAUAUCCAUAGCGGAGAAAGUGGGAUUGCAUGUAGGUACGACCAUGAAGGCGUGUGA